CUUUUACUUUUUCAAGAAGAAGAAAAAAUUGUGCUUUCCAAAUUUUGUCAACUGAAUUUUUUCACCAAAAUUCUGCACUGAAAUUUAUUCACUUACAUUUUUCUCUAAUCUUUCAACAGCGCCUAUGAUUACACUAUAAAACCUAAAGACAAAGUGCUGGCCAUGACUGACAUACAAAUACAGUUACCUGAUGGUUGCUAUGGAAGAGUUGCACCACGAUCGGGGUUGGCAGUGAAGCAUUUUAUAGAUGUUGGAGCUGGUGUGAUAGAUCAAGACUAUAGAGGAAAUGUGGGAGUGGUCAUGUUUAAUUUCUCAGAAUCAGAAUUUGAAGUAAAGAAAGGUGAUAGGAUAGCACAGCUGAUAUGCGAGAAGAUAUAUAUGCCAGAAUUAGAAGAAUGUGAGAAACUGGAUGAUUCUGAACGUGGUGUUGGUGGAUUUGGAUCAACAGGACAAAAAUAAAAUACUUUACCAAGUAAUAACUUUCAAAGCUAAUGUGACUGCCAUUCAUAUCUACUGUAAAUUUGUAUACUAUAUUUACAUAUGUAUUUUCUAGCUGCCACAGAAGUAAAACAUGUUAUUCAGUUUGCUCAACUUGCAUGUAUUACGUUCUACGUACUCUGAUAAGGCAACUGUUUUUUCUCUAUCAAGAUUCCUCUGUGUUCGUACGUUUAUUUUUGAUAACUACAUGUAAGUGUUUGUUCACGAAACUGUCAAGGACACGUAUCAGUUCAAUGUGACCAAAUAAAAUACAUUUUUCGUAACUUC